CCAAUUGACAAGUCGGCAAAUUCCCCGCAGAUGGCUAAGAAACGUUUGUGCUGAGCAUUUUUCACAGUGUCGGCAGGGGGUUCACUAUCCCACCAUGAUUUUUGGCGAACCUUUAAAGCUCAGACUAAGCCGCAGGACUCAUGCACAAGGUUUGCCACGGGGACUAUAAAACCACCAUGUAUGCCACCUUUGAAAGAGAAUCUGCCAUCAACCUCCUAACACCGGAUCAACCUGUCAUCAUGGCGGAUCAAGCCGGGGCCUUCCUCAUGGCAAUAUGCGCUUACCUCGGCACCUGCAUCAUCCAGUGUGCCUGUAGCUACCUAUGGACUUACUACUCGUGCUCAUCUGAGGGGGGUGGACUGUCUGGUAGGUGUUUUGUUCUUCUGCCCAGCACCCUCGUCUUGUCUUGGAUCAGCCUCGUAACCUGGGCCGCUUCAUUCAACUUUUACCAACAGAUUCCUUCAUCUUCGGUCCCUCCCGGCGCAUAUGGCGCUGCAAGCAUUCUUGGAGGCUGUACAGCGAUCGCUUUCGCCAUCGUCAUGCAUGUGCGCAAAAAAUGGCACCUGCUCAACAUGGUUUGGCUUGCCACAGGAGCUAUAUUGGCCUUUUGUGUUCUGGAGCACAAGUGCCGAUAUCUCUCUGGAAUACUGGCAGAGUUUUAACUGUUGCUGGUCGAAUCCUCAACCAUCGGCAGCAGGUCUAACCAAUGCUUGGUGUCUCGCAACUCGACAUACGACAUUCUAUGGCGACUGAGCGGAUGUUUUGGAAAUCU